UGUAACGGAGUGACGUAAAUCCAAAGCGAGACAUACUCUUGGGCAUUUUCGUUUCGCGUUAGACGGACGUGAAACUUUUUUGUUGGAUUCAGACAAUUUAUUUUAAAAAACUCGGAUAAAUGUAUAGUUUGAAUUAAUUUCGGAUUAAAUUUGAAACUGACCUUAUCUUGGUUUCCGGUUUUGUAAAAUAAAGUGCCAAAUUCUGUACCAAUAUGGCCAAAUUACUAUGUUUAUUAGUUAAUGCCUUUGUCUUGAUACAGCUUGCUCGUGCACAGCCUAAAAAGACUGCAUGGGCAGCAGCUAAUGCCGGAAUGGGUUUAGGCACAACGGCGCCACCAGAUCCGACAGAACAUCAAAUCAAUAUGGCUAUUGUUGGAAUUAACAAUGCGAAAACGGAAGCCCAGGCUGCUCAGGCCGCAGCCGCCAUAUACAGUCCGGCUUUGGACUUGUCUGACAACGUAAAACAGGCCCUUGAGAACAAAAUACGCCAGCUUCGCACUCCGGCAGGCUGGCAACACCCAAUACCUCCUCCUUUGCCUUUUGGAUUUGACGUCAUGCACGUGAUUAUGAAUGCCUUCUAUGGAGGUCCAGUUACGGCAUCACCUAUGGCUACGGUUCCAGUAGCUCCCGCGGGAAGGCGCGGACCGAAACGAGGUCCACCAACUUCUAUCCGCCGCGGACCUCCUCCAGGGGCUGCCUACAUGCCAGGUGGCGCUAUGAGCGGUCUUGGCUCAAUGGGUCCAAUGGGUGGUGGUGGGCUUACCGGCGUUUCCAGAUUCAUGGAACCUACCAACUGGGAAGUCGAGUUAGCUGUUCACAAUGUGAAUGCUGCAACAACUGAGGCAGAAGCCGCUAAGGCUGCUGCCGCUGUUUACAGAAUAGGACUCGACGCCCCAGAUGCGGUGGUUAGUGCUUUUGAAGAAAAGGUCGCAAGGCUAAGGAAUCCUAACUGGACCGGAAGAAACCCUCCUCCUCUUCCAAGGACAUUUAGGCCAAUGUCCUUCAUUAUAAGAGCUUGGAAAGAACUACAGACUCUUGCUAAUGCACAAGCAGCUGCUCAAAACGCAGCUGCUGCUAAUGCAGCUAGAGGACCUCCACCAGUGAUGUUAUUUGGAGGAGCUCCUCCUAAACCAGCGCCAGCAAAAACAACUAGAAAACGACCAUCAAUAGCACCUAAAGUCAAGACACCUAAACGCAAAAGCCCUCCGCCUACGCGAGCCCAAGUUGAGAUGCAACUUAGAAUGCAAGAGCAGCAAGCUGCUUCUGGGAAUUCUUAUUUCAAUAACUUCGUUCAACAGAAUAGACGGAAUUCACCUCCGCCGCCAGCUCCUCGGUUUCCAAACUUACCUAACUACAAUAUGAAUUCAGCCCAAAUGUCACGACCUAUUGGACCAAGAUACCAGUUGUCUUCACAUCAAAGAACACCAUCAAACCAACCAAGGUACCAUACAAAUGCUCCUCGUCCAAACACGCAGCAACCAUUUAGAAGACCGAAUCAGUUCAAACCGAUGAAUCGAGUUGACCCGUUUUUAAACGGCGGACCAAGAAAAACAGCGGUACCCCCGGUUCCUCCAACAAGGCAGACGGAUAUGUUUAAGAAUGUUAAUGGAAAAACUACACACAAAUCAUCAGCAACAUCAAAUGCAGGAAUUGUAACAAUUGAAGAAUUGUUUGGAAAACGUACAACAACCACCUCUACUAAGCCACCAGUUCCAUCCGCCAAGCCCAAAACUUCAGCUCCCAGGUAUCACACACCACCUGUCAUACACAAAUCCCCCAAACAGAGGACUAGAUAUCCAGCUGAAAUACUAAAGCCGCCACCAAAAUCAGACGGAAUCCCAAAGCCCCCUUCGGUUAUAACAGCAACUACCAAGAAAAUACCUAGACCAUCAUCAAUAAAACGUCCAGGGUUAAGGGAGCAUGUAAAAUCAUCAGUUCGACCAACACGUGUAGAUAGAUAUGGUCCGACCAAUCCAGUUCCUAGUGCCACGCCUCCGACGCCGAAACAGCGAAAAGCGACGGGUUUUGUCAGGGAUAGCGUUCAGUUGAGAAAAGUACCUAGUCCAACGUUCAAACCAACAGAAAAACGGCCAGCGGUUAGCCCUUCUAAGCUCACCCGCUUACAACAGCGGUAUCCAGGUCUAAAAUACAAAAGAUCGUCAAAACAGCAUAUUACGCAUCUACAGCAGAAGCAAAACCAUCAACAACAGCUUGAUUACUAUGAAGGGACUCAAAAUCCAGCAAGAAUGCCUAUCGAUGAGCCCUUUGCAGAUAUCAAAAGUGCAAGCGCCAUCCCUAGUCCAAGAUACUCAGUAAUUAAUGCUCAGAAUAAACCAAAACCCAAGAGUCUAAGAACAUUUAAAAAGUCCCAUCAAAUCUGGUCACCAUCUGGUAAUCUUGGUUUAGGUAUAAAUAACAUAUUAAAAUCGUCGAUUAUAGUAGACGGUCUAGAAAGUGUUCCCAUACCGACUAAAUCCACCGUACCACCUCCACCUCCUCCAACAACUACAACAACCACAACAACAACCACACCGAAACCAACAACAACAACAACAACAACUUUAGCCCCUACAACAACAACUUUAGCCCCUACAACAACAACUACUACUACAACACAAAAACCUACAACGACCACAACGACCACAACAACUACCAGAUCACCACCUACCACUAGAGUUAAGUCUACAACAACAACUGUAUCAAAGACGAAACCUCCAGCACCGACAGAUGCAUCAGCAACCAAAGCGGGAACCCAGCUUUCAUCACAGGAUAAGCUUAAAGAGUUAGAAAACUUGUUACGUGGAAUUUCCCCUGGGGAACUAGAAAGCCUAGUCAAAUCCGGACAUCUGACAAAUAUUAUCAAAGCUAAGGCUACUGGAGGUCCGGCAGCACCAGUUGAACAAGGUCCACCGCCCCCACAACCUCAACCACGCCAACAACAACCACGCGAACAGCCUCCAGCACCGUAUGAGCCACCAAGACGUCAGCCACCAAGCGGUUACAUUCCCCCACCCCCAGGCUCAGAUAACAUGGGACCAUCCCGGGAAAUGAGAAUGGGCCCACCUCCACCAAACCGAGGACCACAAAGAGGACCACCUCCUCAAGGAUACAGAGGCAAUAAUGGACCACCUAUGGGUAAUAAUCAAGGAGGUCAUGAUAACCAGAUGCCACCAUGGGCAAGAAACGGACCUCAAAUGGGUGGACCACAAAGGGGAGGGCCACCAAUGGGCGGGCCACCAAUGAGAGGACCACCAGGCCGUGGCGGACCAAUGGGACCAGGUGGGCCAAUGGGAAUGGGUCCAGGUGGACAGAGAGGACCAGGAGGCCCAGGUGGCCUCGACCCCAACAAUCCUCAGGUGGCACGACUUAUUAGAGUUAUAUCAAAGAGAAUACCCGACAACCAGAACAAUGCUGGGUCGGGCGGUCAAUCUAGUACGAAGAUGUUGGCUGGUAGAACUGGGGGGUCACGUAACCCAGUCACAGGAGAACAACCGGAACCUGGAGAAGGCGGUGGCAUGAUGAACCCAAUGAUGAUGGCUAUGAUGAUGAAUGGUGGGCAAGGUGGAGCAGGCGGUCCUGACCUUAGUGCACUUCUUGGUGGUAUGGGCGGAAGCGGCGGCGGCGGUAUGGGUGCUUUGGCAAGUUUAUUUGGCGGUGGAGGAGGAGGAGGAGGCAGCGGCAUGGGUGGUCUUGCUGCACUAGGAGCUCUAGGCGGAGGGUCUGGAGGCAGUGGUGGAAGCAGUCAGUUGGAUAUGCUAACAAAGGCAUUACAGGGCCCGUCGGCACCAUUGACCUCUCCGGGGGGUGAGGCAGCUGCGGCCAGUGGUAACCAAGCAAUGGCAAUGCAGUUAUUAAAUAACGCCAUGAUGGGCGGCGGGCAAGGCCAAACCGGCGGUGAAGGCGCCGCAGCUAAUAAUGCCAUGGCCGGUAAUCCUAUGGCUAUGUUACAAGCAUUAGGCGGCGGCCAGUCUUCAGGAGGAGCCGCCGGCGGCAAUCCAAUGGCAAUGUUACAGGCUUUACAAGGCGGUGGCCAAUCUGCAGGAGGUGCCGCCGGGGAAGGCGGCAUGAACCCACUUAUGGCCAUGCUAGCAGGGGGCGGAGGAAGCGGAGGUUCAGGUGGGCUUGGCGGCCUAGGUGGCAUAGGCGCGCUGCUUGGCGGGGGGCAAGGAGGCGGCGCGGCCAGCGGACUUGCGGCUGCAAUGAUGAACCCAGAUGGUCCAGAUUUCUUAACGUCAGGAAACCCACUUACGACAAGCGCGCUCCUUGCGGCAGUAGGUGGAGGUGGUGCGGAACCAUCAGCCUCAAGCGCAUCUCAAGGUAAAAAUACGGCCGCUGCGUCUACUUCUACUUCAACUAAAAAUAUUGGCGCGAAAAGCACAUCGACAUCGGGAACAAAAUCUGGUUAUGAACUUGGCGCGAGCGUGCCGGUAGGUGAUCGAGUAAAAAUCAAGGAGGCGGCGCGUAGGAAGAAACAGCAACAACAAAUGGAAGAGAAACGACGACUUCUACAGCUUCAGGACCAGAGGUUAAAGCAGAAAAGGGAUCAACAACAGCUUCAAGAGAAAAGACGACAGCAAGAAGAGAUAAUUCGCAGGCAAGAGGAACAGAUACGUAGGCAACAACAAAUUCUCCAACAGCAAGCAGCCCAAACUCAAAUGUCUGGUAAAACGAAAGUACCCACCAGAUCACCUGGAGCAACUGCUUCGCAAGGAAAAGCUACAAACAAACGACAACAACAACAACAGCAGCAGCAGCAACAACAACAACAGCAGUAUCAGCAGCAGCAGCAGCAGCAGCAGCAACAACAACAGCAGUAUCAGCAGCAGCAACAACAACAACAACAACUACAACAGCAGCAGUACGAGCAGCAUCAACAACAACUACAACAGCAACGGCAGCAGCAGCAGCAACAACAACAACAACAGAGAAGACAAAACCCAAUGCAGCAAAGUCCUAAUCCAAGGAAUCAAUACCCCAGAGGAAACAAUAGGCAGCAAUCGAGUAGACAGCAGCCAGUGCAUGUACCACCACCUCCACCAUCAGGACCACCGCCUCCAUCACAGCAAGCAGGAAAUAAUAUGUUUGGAGGGGGACAGAACACUCCGAAUCAACAGCCUGGAGGCGGUCAGAUGGACAUUUUUCAAAUGCUCAUGGGCGGUGGUGCUGGAGGGGCUGAUAUGUUUGGAGGAGGAGGAGGUGGAGCAGGACUCAUGGCAAUGCUUGGAGGAGGUGGCGGUGGUGGAAUGGGAGGGGCGGGAGGAAUGGAUAUGUUUUCUGCCCUUACCGGGGGUGUUGGUAUGGGAGGUAGUGGUAAUACUGGUGGCGGUGGUGGAUUUGACCUCAUGGCAGCUCUUGGUGGUGGAGGAGCUGCUGGUUUAGAUCCUUUUGCUGGGCUCGGAGGGGGUGCACCUGGAGGUGGCGCCGGAGGUGCUGGUUUAGCAGCAGGAGGGGCAGCAGGCGUUGGUGGUGCUAUGGUCGCUAUGGGUGGACCGGCUGGGGCAGCAGCAAGUUUGUUAAAUCCAAUGGGACCCGGAAGGCCUUUUGUACCAGGAAUGACCAAAAACCAAGUGUCUGAUUUAAUGGGUGGUGCACCUGGUCCAGUACCCAUGCAUAUCGCACAAGAAGCAUUGCUAAUGAGACAGCUAGGCCACACCCCUGACCACAUCGCCGAUGUCUUAGGUGAUAAAUUACAAAGACAAAGGGAUCCUAUGGCACGCGCUGCUGAUAUGGCAUUAGCCAGGGCUCUUGCUAGUGCCGGAACUGGUGGUUUAGCAGGUGCAGGUCCUGCAGGCGGUGGGCUACCAGGUGGUCCAGCAGCUCCUGGCGGCAGAAGAAUAUAGAAGGGUAUCAUCACAAAUGUAAAUGGCACAAAAAACUAUUGUAUGAAUGCAUAAUGAAAUGUUUUCUUUACACGUAUUUUGUGAGAUAGCAGCUUCUUUGUAUUUUAGUAUAUCAAAACUUUAUGAAGUGUUAAGUAGAUCAAUAUUUCAAACCAUGUUAUUGAAUGGGUAAAUACUUUAAACGAUGUUAUUAAAUAAAAUAAAAAUAUUUCAAACCAUGUUAUUAAAUAAGUCAAUACAUUUGUAUUUCAAACGAUGUGAUUUAAUAGGUAAAUAGUUCAAGCAAUGUUGUUAAAUAGGGAAAAUGUUUAAACAAUGUUGUUUAACAGGUCAACAUUUCAAACGAUGUUUUUAAUAGAUCAAUAUUUCAGUCAAUGUUUUUAGAUAGGCGAAUAUUUUAAACGGUGUUGUUUAAUAGGUCAAUAUUUCAAACGAUGUUGUUAAAGAGGUCAGUAUUUUCAAUGGCGUUGCCUUAGUAAAUCGUCUAUAUUUUCUUAGUUAGUUUUUUAAUACACUAAAAUAUAUAAGCCUUCCCUUUUAUCAGACGAUGAAAGGAAACCAGAUGCACACAUUGAAUACAUUCAAUAUCAGUCGUUCUAAACCUUUUGAGCGGAAACAUUAUACACAGAAAAUGACGUUCAGAAGUUGAAAUAUUAGUUCUAAUGUGAUAAUAUGAUAAGAUAUGCCAUUUUUUGAUACAACUGUUCGAUUUUCAUAGCCUAGCUGCCCUAAUGCCUUGAUACUUGUGUUUAUAGAAGGUAUACUGUUACAUAAAAUUAAAAAUGCAAAUUAUCCACUUUUCGUCAGUGUGCCUUGUAAUACAACAUGAGAUAUCUGUAAAUGUAAACUUUGCAAAAUUGGCAAACAAUGUAUAUACAUACAUUUGACUAAAACUGAAUUAAUCACAAAUUUGAGUCAUGUCCAACGUGGAUUUUGCUGUACCAAAAAGGAAUAUUUGCAGAAGAAAUCGGCUUCACCGUCAUUAAUUCAAAUAUUCCUUGAAUGCGCAAAUGAGCAAAUCAUUCGAGUGACGGUAAGACCCGCAAAAUAUCAAUGUCGCUAAAUACAUUAACACAAAAACGUGUCUAUCAAAUUCUUGAUUAAUCUGCCUUAAUUCUGAUUUUGAUGACAUAUUUCCCUCCAAGUGCAAUAUUUAAACUGAAUUUAAAUAUGUCUUGUAUUUUUGAACUGUCAACAUAAAAUACAACAUACAAAAAGAUAGAAAUAAAUAGUAUAUGCAAGUUAUAUCACGUAGUGCUGUGUUAUUUUUCUGUUUACAAGCUAAUUUGAAUAUGAAAUUUCGUAUGUUAAGAUGUAUGUUUCUGCACUUAAAAGUGUCAGAUUUGUUGAAUAGAGUUCUUUCAAUAUGCAAUAAAUGCCUAGAAUUAAAAUUAUCCAAACAAUGACAGCAUUUGAUUCCGCUUAAACGAUUACAUAAAUCAUAUUUACAUAAAUAGAAAUAACUAUAUUUUGGUACAGGAAAUUCAGCUUGCUUUGUUCAAUUAUCGUAAGGUUUUUUUUAGUGUUUUUCAUAUCAGUUAUUUUCUUUGACAAUUCCUUUACUUAAAUUUUAUAACGUAAUUUACCUUUAACGUGCCUAGAUUGUGCUUGAAUAGUCCGCUUUCUGUCACGUGCGUAAGUAGUUUUUGAAGAGUUAUCUCCCUGCCAUGUACCUAGGAAGUGUGUAAAGAUUCAGCUUCCUGUCACGUGCCUAUGUUGUGUAAGAAGGGUCUGCUUAGUCACGUGCCUAUUUUGUGUGAAGAGUUCUUCCCUUCCUCUUAUGUGCCUGUUGUGUGUAAAGAGUAUGUUUGUUUAUGCUGAUAUUGCUGAAGGCUGAUUAUUACCAUACUGGCUAAGAGACAGUUGACCGUAAUUUACAAAUUUCUUAUUAUGUAUAGUAUAUUAUUUAUUUUGUUCAAUUUAAAUCAAUAAAUACUACUAACAUAUACAA